GAUCCGGCAGAGGUGUCGCGCCCCGGCUUCGGCUGCACGUCGGAGGGGCGUCAGCAGAGGCGUCUUAGGCCCGGAGGAGCUGAAGUUCUGCAGGACCCCAGUCCGCCCUGCACAGUUCAUUCUGCAGGGACUUUCUCUGGAUAGAGAGUGCGUGCGGCGGGAUCCCGGCAGGCAGCGUUUGUAGGAGGCUACCCACGGGAAAAGCCUCUUCUUCGGUGCUGGAGUCACAACCCCAACGAGCCCUCUCUUCUUCCACACCUCCCUCUCUCCUUCACCCUGGAGAACCCGAGGGGCAGAGGGCUGGAGAAUGACACGAUAGUGGAGAUUGAAGAAAUAGCCUUGGGGACCCGUGGAAAAUGACGCUGAUGCUCCUGCUGCAGCUGGCGCUGCUUCUUGCCUUGCCCUGGAGCCUGUGGGGUAAAGGGUGUCCCUCUCCACCCUGCGAGUGCCACCAGGAGGACAACUUCAGAGUCACCUGCAAGGAUAUCCACAGCAUCCCCAGCCUACCGCCCAGUACGCAGACUCUGAAGUUUGUAGAGACUCAUCUGAAAACCAUUCCCAGUCGUGCAUUUUCAAAUCUUCCCAAUAUUUCCCGGAUCUACUUAUCAAUAGAUGCAACUCUGCAGCGGCUGGAAUCACAUUCCUUCUUCAAUUUGAGUAAAAUGACUCACAUAGAGAUUCGGAAUGCCAGAAGCUUAGCUUACAUAGACCCUGGAGCCCUGAAAGAGCUGCCUCUUCUGAAGUUCCUUGGCAUUUUCAACACUGGACUUAGAGUAUUCCCUGACCUGACCAAAGUUUAUUCCAUUGAUGUAUUCUUUAUACUUGAAAUUACAGACAACCCUUACAUGACUUCAAUCCCUGCAAAUGCUUUUCAGGGACUGUGCAAUGAAACUUUGACACUGAAACUAUACAACAAUGGCUUUACUUCAAUCCGAGGACAUGCUUUCAAUGGGACAAAGCUGGAUGCUGUUUAUCUGAACAAGAAUAAAUACCUGACAGUUAUUGACAAAGAUGCAUUUGGAGGAGUAUACAAUGGACCAACCUUGCUGGACGUUUCUCAAACCAGUGUUACCACCCUCCCGCCCAAGGGCCUGGAGCCCCUGAGGGAACUGAUAGCAAGAAACACUUGGACCCUCAAGAAACUUCCACUUUCCUUGAGUUUCCUUCACCUCACACGGGCUGACCUCUCUUAUCCGAGCCACUGCUGCGCUUUUAAGAAUCAGAAGAAAACCAGAGGAAUCCUCGAGUCCUUAAUGUGUAAUGAAAGCAGUAUUCGGAGACUGCGUCAGAGAAAAUCUGUGAAUGCUGUGAACGGCCCCUUCUCCCAGGAAUAUGAAGAGGACCUGCGUGACGGCAGUGCUGGGUACACGGAGCUCUCCAAGCUCCAGGAUACCCACAGCAACUCGCACUAUCACGUCUUCUUUGAAGAACAAGAAGAUGAGAUCAUUGGUUUCGGCCAGGAGCUCAAAAACCCCCAGGAAGAGACCCUACAGGCCUUCGAUAACCAUUAUGACUACACUGUGUGUGGGGGCAACGAAGACAUGGUGUGCACCCCAAAAUCCGACGAGUUCAACCCCUGUGAAGAUAUCAUGGGCUACAAGUUCCUGAGAAUUGUGGUGUGGUUUGUUAGUCUGCUGGCUCUCCUGGGCAACGUCUUUGUCCUGCUCAUCCUGCUCACCAGCCACUACAGACUGACCGUCCCACGCUUCCUCAUGUGCAACUUGGCCUUCGCCGACUUCUGCAUGGGGAUGUACCUGCUGCUCAUCGCCUCCGUCGACCUCUACACGCAGUCUGAGUACUACAACCACGCCAUCGACUGGCAGACCGGCCCUGGCUGCAACACAGCAGGCUUCUUCACCGUCUUUGCCAGCGAGCUGUCGGUGUACACGCUGACAGUCAUCACCCUGGAGCGCUGGUAUGCCAUCACCUUCGCCAUGCGCCUGGACCGGAAAAUCCGCCUCAGGCAUGCAUACGCCAUCAUGGUCGGGGGCUGGGUUUGCUGCUUCCUGCUCGCCCUGCUCCCUUUGGUGGGAAUAAGCAGCUAUGCCAAGGUCAGCAUCUGCCUGCCCAUGGACACCGAGACCCCUCUGGCCCUGGCGUACAUCAUCCUUGUUCUGCUGCUCAACAUAGUCGCCUUCGUCAUCGUCUGCUUCUGUUACGUAAAGAUCUACAUCACAGUCCGCAAUCCCCAGUACAACCCGGGGGACAAAGACACCAAAAUUGCCAAAAGAAUGGCUGUGUUGAUCUUCACUGACUUCCUGUGCAUGGCCCCAAUCUCAUUUUAUGCUCUGUCAGCACUUAUGAACAAGCCUCUUAUCACGGUUACCAACUCCAAAAUCUUGCUGGUUCUCUUCUAUCCACUUAACUCCUGUGCCAAUCCAUUCCUGUAUGCGAUUUUCACCAAGGCCUUCCAGAGGGAUGUAUUUAUCCUGCUCAGUAAGUUUGGCAUCUGUAAACGCCAGGCUCAGGCAUACCGGGGCCAAAGGGUUUCUACAAAGAACAGCACUGGUAUUCAGGUCCAAAGGGUUACCCAGGACAUGAGGCAAAAUCUCCCCAACCUGCAGGAUGACUACGAACUGCUUGAAAACUCCCAUCUUACCAGAAAUAAGCAGGGCCAAGGCUCGAAAGAGUAUAAGCAAACAGUUUUGUAAGCUGACCCUACACUACUCACAGUGGUAGGGGCUUAUAAGAGGCUAGUUUCUUAAACAUACAUUCCAACCCCAUGACACACACAAGACAGCUGACCUAACUCUUGUGCAGGUGACAUUUCAUGGGGCAAGAGUUCAUCUCUAGAAAGGGACUAGCAUUAACCUAAUCAUCACCCCCAAGAAGGAAGAGAGGCAACCAACAUGUCUGAAUUCCAGGUAAUAUCAAAAUAAUCUAUACUUUCUGGAAGACUUGCUUGAUGCUAAGUGCAGAAAUGACAUUUUGUAAGAUGCUCAAUGAAUAUCCACUGAGCUAUGCCAACAGUGAGCUUCUCAUUUUUAUAUAGUAUUUCAUACUAAAGAUUCAGCAAAUGGCAAAUGCUAUUAUUACCUUGGUUGGUGACCACAAGAUAAAAUCGGCCACAUGGCUGAGUCCAACUUGAUGUUCCCCGAUACAACCGAAGAGAGUUUGAGAUACUGGAAACUGAAAAGUCAAAUAGGAUAUCAUGCAAGGGAUGGCUAUUAUGAGGCAUGAAGGAGGGGAAAGGCUUACAAGUUGCUUUUUGAGACUCUACAACUAUUAAUCAUCUCUUCCCAAGAAUGUACAUGAUGUGACCCAAUUGUUAUGUGUUGCUCAGAAAAACUGGCAAGAUUUCCGCUUAGGUAGCCAAACUAAGAAUUGUUUUUCUUGGCUAGUCUCAGAGCAUAAAAGACGUGAACCUGAGAAAUAUUUCUGUGUAGCAACAAGUGGAAAUUACGAACAGAGUACGAUAAAUCACCCAUUGAUUACUAAAGCAGGUUGGACACUAGGUAACUUUGGGCAAAUCACUGGGCCUAAGGAGUCUAUAGAAAUGAAGGAGCUUUAUUGCCUCUUCCAGUUUUAACACUCUAUGUACAUCCCUUCCCCUUAAAACAUAUGUGUCCACGAUAAAGAGAAAGAAACGUAUUAAGGAAGAAAAAUCUUUUUUUCCUGUCUUGUAGGGCUGCCAUCUCCUUCUGUUUGGAAUCUAGACAUAUGACCCAGGAAAUUUUUUCUUUGUUUCAUUUUUAGUUGUGAUGCACCAAAAAUAUUGAGUGACCACAUUGGGAUAGAUCUAAAUCACUCAUCUAAUUACUAGAUCUACACAGCUAUAAUUAUCAGAUGAAAAACAGAUUUGUAUUCAUAUCAUAGAAUAAAAGGUACCUUUGCAAAUUUUGCUUAUUUGCAGUUACCACUUCACUAUGCAGAUUCACUUGAAAACGUUUACCUAUUCUUCAGUGAUUGGUUUCUUUACUUAGCUAUUUCCAUCCCACAAUACAAUACUAAAGCUAUCAAGAGAGGUUCCUUCCCUCCUAAACUAUCUGUUCUUUUCAACCUUGUUGAUCACUGAAUAUAAAAUUUCUAUUCCCCAACAGUGCUCCCUUACUUAAAAUGGUGAGGAUCUUUCUCUAUAGAUGUACUCUCCAAGGUAUCCAUCAAGACAGCCCCUUAAUUUCAUCCCAAGCAGAGAUAGUAUUUGCUUCUCAUUUUUGUGAACCACACCAUGACUUAAAUCACACCAUGAAUUAAAAGCUUUUGUUGUUUUAAAUCUGCGAAGUAGGGUUGGUGGACCCAGUGGGCUCCCAGAGAUGGUACCCCCGACUCGCCUGGAAUCUCCCCAUAGCUAUACCCAUUCCUGGUUGUCACUGAGACUUGGAUGUCUUAAUAGAAACAUACAUACCUAAAAUCAUGACUUACCCACCGGUUCACUUGUAACUAAUGAAAUUAAACAAAUAUGUUACCUUUUGACAAGUGGUUUCUCACCUGAGGCAUUUUGAAAU